AGGAGCUGAUCCCGCCCACGCCUAGCCCCAGCCCCAGCCCCAGCCCGGCUUGCUGACUUUUCAGCAACGGGAACAGGCUGAAAGGCGGCGCACUGCUACGUGUCCCAUAAAGCUUGAGCAGACCCGUGUUCACCCAGCCGCAGCCCAUCGAGAAUGGAAAUCCCGCCAACCCACUACCCAGCUUCCAGGGCGGCCUCCGUGGCGGAGAACUGCAUCAACUACCAGCAAGGGACCCCCCACAAGGUGUUUCUGGUGCAGACAGUCAAACAAGCCAGCAAGGAGGAUAUUCCAGGAAGAGGACAUAAGUAUUGCCUUAAGUUUUCUGUGGAAGAAAUUAUCCAUAAACAAGUGACAGUGAACUGUACAGCUGAAGUACUUUACCCUCCAAUGGGACAAGAUACUGCACCAGAAGUCAACUUCACAUUUGAAGGAGAAAUUGGAAAGAACCCAGAUGAAGAAGAUAACACAUUCUAUCAAAGACUCAAGUCCAGGAAGGAACCACUAGAAGCACAAAAUAUUCCAGACAGUUUUGGAAAUGUAUCUUCAGAAAUGAAGCCAGUUCGACAUUUAGCCUGGGUUGCCUGUGGUUAUAUAAUAUGGCAGAAUUCUACUGAAAACACAUGGUAUAAAAUGGUAAAAAUUCAAACUGUCAAGCAAGUGCAAAGAAAUGAUGACUUCAUUGAGUUAGACUAUACCAUUCUACUUCAUGACAUUGCAUCUCAGGAGAUUAUUCCUUGGCAAAUGCAAGUUCUCUGGCAUCCACAAUAUGGUACUAAAGUAAAACAUAAUAGCCGUCUGCCAAAAGAAGCACAACUGGAAUAAAUGAAGACCCUAACACUGGAUGAAGUGUCAAUAUGCUUAUUAAUGAUGUGUAUGUCAGUCUUCACUGAUAUUUAGCUUAAGGGGCCAAAUUCCAAAGUGUCUCUUUGUAUAAGUGUCCUGAUUACAGUACAGAACUAUAUAGCUUCCAUAAUAGUGUCAUGAUGUAAAAGUGUCUCAAUAACAGUGACAGUGCUAUGUAUAUCCCAUAAUAAAAAGCCUCAAUUAA